GAGCAAUAGAAAAGUCAUAAAAUGAAGCGCGCUAUCAAUCACGGUGCAACAUUGUUAUUCAGCGGUUACUAAGAGAGAUUGAUAAUCCUUUGAUUUCCUCCCAUUGUUAUUACUCUGAUGUGUCUUCACAUUAACUAUUACACAUUUAUUUAUCGACCUGAAACAUACAACAACACGGAGGAUAUCUCAGUGUGGGACUAUCUAGCACGUAUGCUAUAGAGGCAGGAUGCACACACUUGCAGGAUCUGGAUAUUAUGCCACCUCAGUGUACCAUGUAGCUAACAAACAAAACAGGACUUGAAUAUUGUAACUUCAAAACGGCUCGUAUUAGUGCCCGGUUUUCCAAUCAUUUCCCUAUUCAGCUCAAAGACAUCACAGGCAUUGCUUAGCAGCCCUCACUCCACACACACCCACAGCCCUCAAGACCAUUAAAACCCAUCAGUCCAGCCAGACCGCCUGGCCCGUCUGGGGUUCACUGCGUAAAAACACACCGACACCCGUACAAAUAACACCCCAUCAUCCAGCCAGCCAGGGCUCUAGGGCUCUUGCAGCCAAGCAGCCUCCUCCCCAGGGGCGGGCUGUCUCCUUUGGCAUGUCUGCGACUGCAGGUCCCUUCUCACUUUGCUUCGGUUCUCGUCGCGCUACUUGUUACAACGUGGGGUUGCUUGGGGGAGGGGGGUUGCUCCCAGGGUUUUCACCCCAGACGGGGGCCCUUUUUUUCGCUGGCGUAAAAAUAAAAUAGAUUUAAAAGCAAAAUUAAAAACAAACAAACAAACUAACCAACCACACACCGCGAUUUGCUCUCCCACUAAAGUGGGGCCCGGCUCUGUCUCUGAGCCAAGCUAUUCCUGUGGUGCUGUGCAGGGACCGAGAUGCACCCAAGAGCCGGCCGUCUCUACAGCUGAAUUGAAUCAAUGUAACCAAGGAUCUGAACAGGGGAGAAAAGGGAACAAAACUGCCCUACAUCGCGGUCGGCCGCUUCCUUUGUCUCCUUGUUCAGUCACUGCCGAAACCCACCACAUCUGAGCUGCAAACAAAAUCACUCUUGCAUCUGCUCGCAUGCAGCAUUUACAAUGUUUUGUGUAAGUCAAUUGGGUGGCGAACAAAAAAAGCCAUUUGCGCUGUAUUAUUUAACACAGACUUCACUGGGCUCUCUUUUUGUGGAAGCUUUAUUUGCACUAAAUGAAUAAUCUUAAUUGCAUCACUAUUGAAUUAAAAAUCAAUGUUAAUCAAGUUGGAAGUAGUAAAUAUCAGUUUUCAUUGUGCCUGGGUAGAGGGUAUUUUUCUUGUUUUGCAAAUAAAAAUGCAAGUCAAAUAACUUUAAAAGGGCAUUAUGUUCUGCUACAAAUACAAUUGAAACGGAUUGUUUAGGAGCGGAUCAGAAAUGGUACAGAAUUUUGCACUUAAUUUCCUCAGUUAUCAUUUACAAUAAGAACCUCUUGGCUUGACAGCCAAGUCUAAACAGUAGUAAAUUAGUACAAAUUUAUACUGAUUUUACUCUAAUAAUCGUAAUAAAAGCUUAUAGAUUUGGCACUAAUUACAUAAAUGCCUAAUGAUCUUGAAAAUUACUCUGGUUAGAAAUAUAUUACUAAUCUAAACUUUGUUGUUGGCUGGCUUUGAAAAAUCAGAACAUUAGAAAUGGUUCGCUUCACUUGUGCAAAGCACUUUAAAUUGUUCAAGUAGUUUAGCAUAGUCAAGAGGAAAAUAAAAAGCAUUUAACUUUAUUUACCGCCUUAAACUGAGUUUGUGGCCAAGCUUAGAAACUUUAACCCAAAAUGUUGAAGGGCUUUUCAAUCUCAGUGCAAUGUUUUCUCUUUCACACAAACAUUUAGCCCUGGCGAGAAGCGCCUCCAGAUCACCUUUGGGGGAUGGGCGGACGGGACAUGGGAGAGCAAAACAGAGCGUGUGUAAGUUUCACUAGGAACUCGGAUCACUUUAUUCCUCGUUGUCUUUCAGCCCUCAAGAAUGGCGGGAAUAAACGAUUUACGCUGUAUUACAAAUGAUUAACUGGAGUUCUCCCACUACCCGCCACUGCCCCGCAAUGAUACUGAAACUCACAGCCGAGCUGCAGCGUGAAAGUUAACACACAAAGCAGAAGCCAACCCCAAACCGGGAGUGAGGAAACCCCCUGGUCCGGGACAGCCUGCUAGCCAGGCUCCCAAGCGGGGCCGUGCACGCUCCUUAGGCACAACCCUGCAUUGUGCUUGGGUUGGAAGGCGCCGCGAGACACCAGCUCAGGCCUUCGCACAGGGGCAGAUCUGAGCCGGGGCAGCGGUAAAGUCGCUCUGGCCAGGAGAAGGAACAGAAUUACAAACGGGCGGCGGGAGAAAAACAAGCGAGCGAGGGAGACACAGCGAGAAAGCCCAGCCCGACAGCCCCGGGCUGCGGCUGCUGCUGCUGCCGCCUGGGGGGAUGCGGGGCUGCUGGUGCUGAGGCUGCAGGCGGGCGGGCGGGCGGGCGGAGUGGGGACUCGCCGGGCUCGCUGACAUUUGCAGCCUGCCCUCCUGAUUGGUCCCUUCGCCGAGCUGCUCACGGGUUCAUUGAAGUGUUAAGCACCUCCCCGUCUCUCUAAAGGACAUUAUAAUGCAAGAGACCCCCUUUUUAACCACACACCGAAUUUUCUUUCAUUUAGGCGAUCUAUAUAUAUCUAUAUCUUAUAUCUAUUUUAAAUAACUUAAAACCGCUAAAAUUUGGGGGGGAACAGCCUUCGCCCUGGAGCGGUGCGCGAUGCUGUCUCACGCCGACCUCCUGGACGCCCGACUCGGAAUGAAAGAUGCAGCCGAGCUGCUGGGACACCGGGAGGCGGUGAAGUGCCGGCUGGGCGUAGGGGGCUCUGACCCGGGAGGGCACCCGGGAGACAUGGCUCCCAACUCGGACACGGUGGAAGGGGCCACCCUCCUGCCCGGGGAGGACAUCACCACGGUGGGCUCCAACCCGGCCUCCUUGGCAGUCAGCGCCAAAGACCCCGACAAGCAGCAGGGGCAGCCGGGCGGGCAGAACCCCAAUCAAACGGGACAGCAGCAGGGGCAGCAGAAACAGAAACGGCACCGGACCCGCUUCACCCCGGCGCAGCUUAACGAGCUGGAAAGGAGCUUCGCCAAGACCCAUUACCCAGACAUCUUCAUGAGGGAAGAGCUGGCCCUGAGGAUCGGCCUCACCGAGUCCCGGGUCCAGGUCUGGUUCCAGAACCGGCGGGCCAAGUGGAAGAAGCGCAAGAAGACCACGAACGUGUUCCGGGCGCCGGGCACGCUGCUGCCCACGCCGGGCCUGCCGCAGUUCCCCUCGGCCGCCGCGGCCGCCGCCGCCGCCAUGGGCGACAGCCUGUGCUCCUUCCACGCCAACGACACGCGCUGGGCCGCGGCCGCCAUGCCGGGCGUGUCGCAGCUGCCGCUGCCGCCGGCGCUGGGCCGCCAGCAGGCCAUGGCGCAGUCGCUGUCCCAGUGCAGCCUGGCGGCCGGGCCGCCUCCCAACUCCAUGGGCCUGUCCAACAGCCUGGCGGGCUCCAACGGCGCCGGCCUGCAGUCGCACCUCUACCAGCCCGCCUUCCCCGGCAUGGUGCCCGCCUCGCUGCCCGGCCCCAGCAACGUGACGGGCUCGCCGCAGCUCUGCAGCUCCCCGGACAGCAGCGACGUGUGGCGGGGAACCAGCAUCGCCUCCCUCCGCCGCAAAGCGCUGGAGCACACAGUCUCCAUGAGCUUCACCUAAUGGCAGCGCCGCCUGCCCCCCGCGCCCGGCCGCUGCCCUCACCCCCCCCCCCCCGCCGGAUCGCGUCCCUCUCCCCCCCCUCCCCGACUUACUUACCAGGGAGUCGACUCAGGAUCUGAAAUCAGACACCAAUGGACUGGUUUGUGGGCAGAGAAACACCCCCCGCCCUCCCCUCACACGCCCCCAGCCCCCAGGCCUGUGUUCCCGGGAGGAGACACAACAACCAGGGCCUUGUGUCUUCACAUCAACACACGAAAGGACUCAUUGGGCAUUUGGGAUCUCGUUUUAAUUUGUCCCUUGUCUCCCUUCCCCACCCACCCAGCCAUCUAUUGGGCUUUGCCAAGAGAUCCAUUUUGUUUUAAAGCACAACAAUAACAACCCCAACAACAAAUAUUGCAGGGCUUUUUGGUCAGAAAUUUUCCUAACGGGCAGCACUGGCUUUGGGGGGGCUGGGCAGAUUAAUGAAGUGAUGAGAGAUAUCAAGAGGAAAUUCAACCCAUUUUGAUAAAGGGUUUAUAAGUGAGAGCAAAAAUCAAAGUCAUGUUUCCUUUUGUAAAAAGUGGGGGGGGGGGAAGCACUUCCCUUUUCUGGAUCUUUGAUUUCUUGAUCGAUUUAGUUGCAAACCUGUCACCUUUUUUAUUUUUAUUUUGUUGCUAUUGUCUCUAUUGCAUCUUCUGCUGUUGCCACUGGCCCUUGCAACUCAGCGGCAAGGGCCUGGUGCACAUGGACAGUCUCUCUCGCCAACCCUGCCAAACUUUGUACAGAGAACACAAUCAGCUCUUUUCUGCAUGUGCGGGUCCAAUCCAAUCCCGGAGAACAGAUGCUCUUUGGAAGAAUGAACAAACAAUGUGAAAUAGGAUGUUUUGUGUAGAUAAAGCAUUCUUGUUACAUACUGGUCGGUUUGUGAUCUGUUUUAACUUAUUGUCUGUGCUUAUUUAUUGAAUUUUGGGUUUCUUAAUAAAUGUUUGAGCUAAUAUAAAGCAUAUUAUUUGACUUUUCCGGACAAGUUUAUAACAAGUUAAUGUAAAUGGAUAAAUAAAAUCAUUUUCAGUAUG